AUGAGUGCCUUCCUGGUCCUCCUACCCUCGGCCCUGCUGGUCGCAGGUGUCUACGCGGUCAAGCCCGAGUACAUUACCUACGCCGUCGCCAUUGCCGGUGUUCUGUCCAGUGCCGCCUUCUUCCUGGGUGGUAGCAGCAAGCCGCGCAAGGUCCUGAACCCCACCGAAUUCCAAGACUUCGAGCUCAAGGAGAUCAACAACAUCUCCCACAAUGUCGCCAUCUACCGCUUUGCCCUCCCCCGUCCCACCGAUAUCCUGGGUUUGCCUAUCGGCCAGCACAUCUCCCUCGCCGCCACCAUUGCCGGUCAGCCCAAGGAGGUCGUCCGUUCCUACACCCCCAUCUCCUCCGACAACGAGGCCGGUUACUUCGAUUUGCUCGUCAAGGCCUACCCCCAGGGUAACAUCUCCAAGUACCUGACCGAGCUGAAGGUCGGCCAGACCAUGAAGGUCCGCGGUCCCAAGGGCGCCAUGGUCUACACCCCCAACAUGUGUCGCCACAUUGGUAUGAUCUCUGGUGGUACCGGUAUCACUCCCAUGCUCCAGGUUAUUGAGGCUAUUAUCCGCAACCGUCCCCGUAACGGCGGUAACGAUCGUACCAAGGUUGACCUGAUCUUCGCCAACGUCAACGCCGAGGACAUUCUGCUUAAGGAGAAGCUUGACAAGCUGAACGCCGAGGAUCCAGACUUCAACGUCUACUACGUUCUGAACACCCCUCCUGCUAACUGGAUGGGUGGUGUUGGCUUCGUUACCGCUGACAUGAUCAAGGAGCGUCUCCCUGCUCCCGCCAGCGAUGUCAAGAUUCUUCUCUGUGGUCCUCCUCCCAUGGUCAGCGCCAUGAAGAAGGCUACCGAGUCCCUGGGUUUCACCAAGGCUCGCCCUGUGAGCAAGCUCGAGGACCAGGUCUUCUGCUUCUAA